CGUUGCAAAGUCAAUUCCGCUCACCACUGAAGUCUGAAAGUCAACACAGUUUUAUUUACAAACAGCGGCGUGAGGAGGCGAGUGCCUGAGUGUGUGAUUUUAGUUUCUUCGUUGUUUAGGCGAGCAAACAUGGACAGUUUGUUCCCUAAGUGCGGAGUUAGAGUACAAAAGCCUGGCUCAGGAGUAGUCUCUCAAACCCCUGGACCAGCUGAGAUGGGUGUGUGAACCCAGUGUGCCUUUAUACAUUAAGAAAUGUGUAGCAUUAUCCCUUCUCCAACCAUAGCAAACCAACAACCAAAUGUCACAAAAGAUGAGGCACAAUCAUUCAUAACUGAAGUCUUAAGAGAAGAGUUGCCUCAGUGCUACCCUCCAAACAUUCCAUGGAUAAAUAAAAUCAUCCAAGCCUUCCACAGAAGACUGCCUUUCCAGAAUAUAACAUUCCUGAGCAAGACUGAGAGUUGCUGUGUUCCGUCAUGGAAAGACAUACAAAGGGACAUCCUGAUAGAGGGCAAAGGUGGUUUGUGCCUCUCACUCAAUGUCGCCUUUGCUGCUGUCAUGAGAGCUUUUGGAGUGCAUGCCCAUUUAGUGCCAGCAGAUUAUGUGGCAACAAAUGGGAGAAGUGUACAUGCUUUGAUAGUUUUUCAUCUUUGUACUGCAGUCAGUCAAAAUGCUUGUAAAUGUUUUGAAGUAGAAACUAGGGCAUCAGUUCAAAGAUUGAGAUCAUAUAGAAGAAGUUCCAGACUGAAACAGAAAGCCAGAAAUGAAGCUCACUGUUUCCAGAAAGUGAGAUCCCAUCACAGAAGUUCACUUUAUGUAGCAGAUGUCGGGUGUGGCUUUCCAACGUUGAGAGCCAUUAAUUUGAAUGAAGAUAUUGAUAAGGCCUUUUUGGAUUGUGGUCUGGAAUACUGCUUCACAAAGAAACGUCAGAAGUAUCUCAGACUGCACAGGACUGGUGAUGAGGUGCCAAAGGGAGAGGAGAAAAGGAGUUGAAGAAAACACAAUAUUAUGAAGUACAGCUGAGGCAUGGCUGUGUCAAAGGCAAGUUUGAGGUGUAUGAAUAUAACACAAUGCACACUUACCAGCAAGGAAUUCACUAAGUGAGAGCUGGAUUGAUUGUGUCAAUUCAUGAUUUAAAAUACAUGAAAACUACAGGAAAUUCAGAAAGGAAGCUUAUUAGUUGAUGAAGCUAAUACUACUUUUCUGAAGGGAUUAAAUUAUUCAUCAAGUGUUUGUGUGUGUGUGUGUGUGUGUGUGUGUAUUCAUGCGUGAGUGCGUACUUGUAGUUGUUUACUUUAUAGUGAUGUAUUGGCAUCCUAUCUCUAUGUUCCAAUUGGAAAGUUUUUAUCUUUAUAUAAUGAAUACUCUUAGCACUUGUAAUUUCACUAUCCAGGUUCUUUCACUCAUCAAUACAUUGAUGGGGAAAGAUGUACAGUACUUCUUUGUCCUUUAUUGUAUCUUAAUUUAUAUGUUCUUUUGAACAAAUUGAUUCUUUCUACAUGAUAUUUGUUUUGAAUCGCAAACAAAUAGCAUCACAAAGAGCUUAUUACUAUAUAUUGAGUUUUCUGUUACAAAAUCAAUAGUUACUGUGCUUAAAUAAGUAUUUAUGUAUACACCCUCCUCUCAGGUUGAGUGCUGUCUGAGUUUCACAAUCCUUGAGUUUGGCACUUAGGUAAUUCAAAGUUAUUACUAUCCUGAGUUUUGUGUAUUAUUGUCAUGAGUUUUGCACUGCUUUGAAAAGUAUCAGUUAUGCUUACCUACCGUUGGCAUCGUGUAUGCUGCCUCAAGACUCCAGUGAGAUCUUCCAUAUCUGUAGCACUGACAAUGUCAUACCCACUGAUGGGUAAAAUUUUGGCCAUCUGGAGCAGUGAGUUCAUAGCUGCUGCACUUUAUCUCAUGUGUUGCAUUGGUCUCAGUGCCAUUUGUUUCUGCCUCAAUCCAUGGGAAAACACUCCUCCACUUAGGCUACACUGUAGCAAUAUUGAGAAAGUGCCAACAUUCCACCAUUAAGUCUAUAGUCAUGAUUUGCUUUAUGUCUGGGUGGUACUGGCAGUGCUGCUUGGGAUGUUACCUCAUCUGUCUGAUGCACUGCUCUUGAAGGAUGUGGGACUCCAUCCUGUGAUACAGUGUUCAGUGGCAUUG